AUGAAGCCCAUAGUCCAAAGAAGACGAUCUACCCCAUCUGCCAUUACUAAAGCUCUCAGCAAGUCAAAGUACCAUUCCAGGGAAACUACCCUUUCCUCUUCCCAUUCAGACAAUGGGCUGCCAAGUGGGGUGUUCAGCAGCCCAGGCUCCACUUUCAUCCUGGAUGAGCGAGUACAGCUAACUGUGGGCCUGCAGACCCAGGAAAGACAUUUGAUCUUGUUCAGUGAUGUGCUGGUCAUCGCCAAGUCCAAAUCCUCCUCCAGCCUGAAGCUGAAAAAGCAGGUGCAUCUGAGUGAAGUGUGGACCGGCACCUGUCUCAACGAAGUGACAGAGAAAAAGAUGGGUCUCGAGAAUUCAUUUGUCAUCGGCUGGCCUACCACCAACUAUGUUGUCACCUUCAGCUCAGCUGACGUGAAGGAACGAUGGCUGUCAGCAUUGCUGUGGCAUAUCAAUGAGGUAAAACAGAAUGAAUAUCUGAAGAAUCUAACCCUUCAGAUCUUUGUGCUGGAUGCUGACAACUGUUCUUCUACUACCGCAGUCAAUGUGUCCAAUGUGGAAACUGCAGAGAGUGUGAUGAAGAAGACCCUUCUACAGCUUGGACUUCCUGGCAGGACAAAUGAACACCACCUCUGGGUGAUCUCAGGAAAAGAUGACCCUGCUUACCCUCUCAUUGGGCACGAGCAUCCUUUCAGCAUCGCAUUGAACUGUCUCCGGGACUCCGCUGACCAGCAACAAAGAACCAACGAUAACACCCUCCUGGCUGAUGGGACGGAGACUUCCUUCCUUGAUCAGUUCCCAAAGGAAAAACAGUGUCGGUUUGUUCUGAAACCCAGGCUCCAAGCUCCAAUGCAGCUGAGGAGAGAGUCACUGCAGAAACACACCAAGAGGAAGAAGUCCUUGAUUGACUGGGCCCUGCGCCGCAGCACCAGCACCCCCACAGGCAGCCCUCCUUCGCAGUCUCCUACCACCCCACGGAAGCUCUUUGGCCUGUCUCUGUCUUCUGUCUGUCCUGACGGGAUCCUUCCCAAGCCAAUCAUGGAUAUGCUGCUCCUGCUGUACCACGAAGGUCCCUCUACUAGGGGCAUUUUCAGACGUUCUGCCAAUGCCAAGACUUGCAAGGAGCUGAAAGAGAAGCUGAACUCUGGAGAUGAUGUCCAGGUGGAUGGAGAGUCAGUCUUUGUGGCUGCAGCUGUCAUCACGGAUUUUCUCCGAAAUAUACCUGACAGUGUUCUAUCCUCAGACAUGCACGGACUGUGGAUGGAAGCUGUGGACACGGAAAAUCGGACACAUAAGAUUGAAGCUAUCAAAAGUCUGGUCAACCAGCUCCCAGAGGCCAACCUCAUCUUACUCAGACACCUCUUUGGAGUUCUCCAUCACAUUGAGCAGAAUUCCGGUGUGAAUCAGAUGAAUGCCUUUAACCUGGCUCUUUGCAUAGCACCCAAUAUGCUGUGGCUACCAAGUCCCACUGGGCCUGAAGAGGAGAGCAGGUCUACAAAGAAGGUGGCCUUGUUAGUGCAGUUCCUGAUUGAAAACUCGGGAGAGAUCUUUGGAGGUGACAUUGCUUCCUUGUUUCAAAGACCAGACACAAAGAAGUCCAAAACCGCAGAGGAAUCGCUGGGCCUAGGCUUGGCUCAGCAUGAUGAUUCCUCUGAUGAGCUGGAAUUUUCUCCUUGUGACCCAGAAGGACCAAAGCAUCACCUGAUACCUGAAACAGAUGCCAUUUUUGAACCAUCCAGCAGCUUGUUACUCGGUGAGGAUCAGGAAGACUGGGACUUGUUCAGUGAGAUCACAGCCUGCUACCAAAGCAAAGCCCGGAAGAACACCAGUGCAGACAGCUGUGACCUACUGGAAGAGGAGGGCUCCUUCUGCUCCAUCGGCUCAAUACGCUCACUCAGCCCAGCCAGGGACCGGUGCUCAUCAGAGCCCAGUGUCUGCCUCAGCUCCCAGCUUCCUUCUCAGGGCCAUGAGCCAGUGGCCCGCCAGUCCAGCUGCGAUGCCACCAUCAUGCACAGCCAUUCAGACUACAUCCACAGGCUCAAGCAGCUGCAGGUGGAGAGCCAGAAGUUGAUUGAUGAAGGCCUAAGCCCUGAGGGUAAUAAGGCCAGGCAGAACUUGUGGCAGUCGCCUCAGACCAGCUCUAGGGUGAAGCAGCUCAGCCUUCAGAAAUCCAGCCUGUCUAACAGGUCCAGCUUCUCUAGCCUGUCGUCUACCACCACCUCCCCAUCUGCCUCCUCACUCAGCUCCUUAGACAGUGCUUUCUCCUACUGCUCAGAGUCAUCAGCCAUUAGUCCCACAGAUGUCUCAUCCCUGCCAUUCAUGUUCGGCACGUCUGCUAGGCUUCAUGCUGUGUCCCCCAAGAUUGCCAAGAGGUCCCCAAAAGAGUGGCACAAGUCCUUCACGUCUCUUGUGCCUUUACAGCCGUGUCACCUCGACAGUUUCCAUGAGUAUGAACCGAAGGAUGUAGAGAGCAGUCAUUGCUUUGGCAAGAGGAAAAGUUGUCCAUCUGUUAGCGGAGCUACCAUGGGAAGUCCACUAACUGACAUUGGCUGGGAAGAAGAGGAGGGUCAUCUGAGUUGUGUAGGGGGCCCUAGCCCGGGGCUCAGGAGCCGGGAUUAUACCAAAGAGUUUGAACAAAACCCUGAGCUCCCAGCUGUCAGCCCAGCCAGCGAGAAAUCCCCACAGAUCAGCCACCAGCUGCAUAGGGAGAAGGCGGAGAAGAACAUAGAAAUCAAAAGCAUCGAUGCCCGCUCUCCAAGCCAGGAAAGCCUGAAGCGCACGAAGAUAACUUUUUACGUGGCCCCAAGUAAAGAAAGCUCUUGGGGGUCUCCAGUGGAAGAGGAAGAGGAGAGAUCCAUGGCAAACACCAGCAGCAGUGAUUUGCCCAGCAGGAGCAGUGAGCAAAGCCUGUCCAAGAACUUGCAGACUGUGAGAGUUCAUAUACCCCAGACAGUUUUCUAUGGGCAGAAUACCCCCCUUGUCCUACAGUCCAUCUCCAGGCGCUACCACCAUGAACCAAAGAUCCUGUCCCCACAGGCUGAGCACAAAGAGAGCCCCCAAAGUGCCUCCACUCCCGAGGAGCUGGAGAGCAAGCCAGUGGAAAUGGCGCAGGCGCCAGCCCAGAGCAAGGGCUUCAACACAUUCAGCCACACCAUCCGUAUCAUCCUCCCCACCUCAAUUCGAAACACCAUCAGGGAGUAUUUCAAGGAUGAUGAAACCAAGACCUGUCCCACAGCUGAGGCAGAAGCGGUGGAGAAUGAACUCCUUCAGAGCAGGGUGGAGUGGCUCAGGAGCCAGCCACUGGCAGAGGUGGCCACAGAGGAGCGUGAUACAGUGGCAUUUACAGAAGAGACGUUUGUCUAGGGAGAUGGAUGUGGGAGAACUGAAUAUUUUUUUGUGCAUGUGCAGCAGAAAAUAUUCUGUAAGAUAUGAUCAGAGUGUGAAGAAUCCAGCAGGCUGCAUGGGGCAAUAAGUGUAAAGUGAUGCUAAUGUGUAUGUAAUGUUGGGGUUUAACAUUCAUUUUGGCUGGGGUCGGGGGGGGUUGCUCUUGUUUUUUCUUUACACCCUUUUUCUAUGGAAGAGACUUCACUGGCUGGGUGUCUAGUGGGCUGAAUGCCACCAGAUUCUCCCUGUCCAUCAACUAGCUGACCUGUACAGGGUCUGACUCUGGUUCUUUUGAAAGUGGGAAAGGAGAAACUCUGCUUUAUUUUCUCCAGUCAGCUGCUGAUGUGCGUGGAUGACUGGAGAACUGGGACAGCUAAUGCUCCAUCAGAAUUAGUUAAAAAUCUUUACACUUGUACAAUAUCCUCCACUAUUCACUGUUCAUCACCACCAUUCAUCCGAAGGAAGACCCUUCACCUCCAUCCCAGAAAUCACUGCUUCUUCCCUCUGCUCAUCUUUUGUCCCCCAGUGGUCUAGCUCACAGUCUGCAUUCAUUACUGUUUGAGGCUGGGCUCCAGAGACACCAAACAGAGUACAAAGCCCAAAGCCCAGCUUUCACUGACAGAUGGCAUAUGUAACAUUUUAACACCAAGAUUGCUUUUUUCCCCAAUUAAGUGUGCAUUGAUUCUCUCUUCUUAUACCUCCCCCAAAGCUAGCAUUUGACAGAGCCACAGUUACUAUAAAGGAUUUUAGCACUGUCACUUUGGCAGGGCUAUGAACAUUUGUCUUCUUUGGUGUCCUCUGGGAGUAGCUGGUCCUUUUAAAAGGUGACAUUAUUUUUCUAUAAAUGAUGGCGCCAUUUCAGGAGGGACUUAAGCAGGAUUUGGCUUUAGCAUGAGGUCAAGGAGUUGUGGAAGUUGUCAAGAAUGUUGUCGAGUGGAUGCUGAAGUGAAGCAAAACCCCAUCUGGCCAGAAGGUUGUCAGACAGUCCAUAAGCUGAGACUGUCCACGCUUCAACAGCACUGAUGCUGUCUCAGAGAAGCAGUGAGUUCCCACUCAGCAUAAUACAUGGCCCAGUGCACUCCAGCAGAAUUAAGUUUGGAGAAGUGCUGGGCAGGGAUACAGUAAGCAGGCUGCUUCUGUUGUACCACUAAAGAAAUGCAGCCAGUGGACUCUUGGAAAAUCCCUGUGAUUCCACUCAAGGCAAUGCUCAGAAGCACCAUAGCCAUAAUGGGACUUGCUCAGAGGGUUGUGAUGCUGUCAGCUGAGCUCUAAAAAGAAGCUGAGGGCACCAUAUUAGUUUGACAUGCAUUAAGAAAAUGAUAGGAAAGUCUCAAAGGUUAAAAGGUUCAGGAAGUUUCAUUUGAAAGUUAUGUGAUAAUUUUCUAAGGUGGUUUCCCUCAGAGAGACACUCCUCUUACUCAAUUAACAGUGAAUGGGUGAAGGACAAGAGAAAUACAUGAAUCCUAAUGAUUGAAAGGUAGUCCUUGUGGAGUAAGUGCCCCCUGCAAGUUGAGUGUUUGCAAAUAGCCAUACCUGGACUUGCUUGACACCUGCCAUGGUUCAGUCCUUGCACAGAGGGGGAAGCCAUCUCUUUAAAGUGAUCUAGUAGUUAUAGAUGCCUCCACUCAUCUGCCAGGUGCCUGUGAGAGUCAGUGCCCAGAAGCUGGCCCAGCGCUCCAAAUUCACACCAUCAAAUACUGGGGCAGGGGAGGGGGGGGAAAGCCCAGAGCCCACUUCCCAAGGUGUAUAGAGUUUGAUGUGUUAUAUGCAGGGUGUUUAACUCUCAGAUGCGGCACUCUGUGUCCCAUAUCACCUUGGUGGCCCUUGUAUGAUGAAAGGUGUAUAUAAUCGUAAUACAAAUGGCCCCACCAUCAUUUCCCUCACACAUGAACACACAGUCUUUUUUCCAGAGCUACAGUUGUAACUAUUUCAAUAAAAGACACACAAGUUUGUUUGG